AUGUGAUAUUAUAUAUUAAUGCAAUGACCAUUGUUUUUCAGUUUCAAGAUGGUGGUCUCAUCAAGUCAGCUUGAUGGAUUGGAGGCUCGCUAUGCACAUAUUCUACAACCAAUCAAGGACCUCACCAAGAAUUGGGAUGUUGAUAUUGCAGCCUAUUUGGAAGACUAUCUGGAAGAAUUGGAGCAUAUGACAAUAUCAUUUGAUGGGGGCGUAACAACAAUGAAUUUUGCACAGGCAGCAUUACUGGUUCAAAGUUCAGCGUGUAUUUACAGCAAGAAAGUUGAGCACUUUUACCAUCUUGUACAUCAGGUGCUUGAAAUGCUUGCUGACAAGAAUAAAAGGAACAAAAAGUCAUCUGUUGAUGAUGAUGGAAAUGAUGAAGAUGUUGAUGAUUCUGAUGAUAAAACAGAAGAACAGUUUCUUACUUUAGAUGAUAUCAAAGAGUCCAACAAUCCUGAUGAUGAAUGUGAUGAAGGGGAGGAAUUCAAGUUAUUAUCAGAAAUGCCAUUAUGUUUGUUACCAUUAGACGAGGGAGACAAGGGAGAAAAUCCAUUACUCAGUAAAACAGGUGAAGUGUUGGCCAGUCGCAAUGACUUCAAGAUGAAUACAUGUUAUAUGCACAGCCAAGGGACACUACUCCUGGAUCUCUCUCAUGUGAGUUUACAUGAACAGGCCCUAAAAACACUUGCUGAGAUGUCUGAAUGUAAUCGAGGAGACCAGCCUAAUGAUAAAGAUGGAGAAGUUACAACAAAUGAACCUGUAGCAGAAAACAGUAUGCAUAAUCUCCCAGGUGGAGAUAGUUACCAUGACGAUGACAAUAUGGCAGAUGAAGCAGAUGGAGAUCUCCCAUUGGCUGACACUUCAGUUAAUCAACCAAUGGAAACAGAGCAUGUGGAUGUUGGUCAAGAUGGUUUGAGAAGAUCAGAAAGAAACAAAGGGAAAAAGCCAAUAACUUUGAAUAACAAACCAAAUAUAGAUCCAUGGAAAUAUUUAGAUCCUCAUGAAGAAACAGGUAAAGUGAAGCCUGUGUCUAAAAAAGGUACAAUUUACAAAAUGUGCCCAGGAAUUGAAGACAAAUCAAAGAAAAGGAAGAGAUCUAAAAAUAAACAACUUCCAGAAGAGAUACUGUCAAAAUAUAUUAAAAGAGUUUUGUAUUCCCCUGCACAUAAGUUUCCCAAGAAUCAGCUGAAAGUGCCAACUUUUCCGGAUUUUGAAAGACAGUAUUGGGAAGAGUUUAAAAGGAGGCAAACCAUUCAAAGAGAACAACAAAAGAAGAGAAGAGAAGAAGCUGUUAUAGACAAUAUGGUAGAAGAAGAAGACGAAGGUGUGGAGGAUUUACCUUUACAAGAUGCUGGAGAUAAUGAUGAUAAUGAUGACGAUAUAGAUGAUUUGGUUGAUGAUAAUUUAUUCAACGCUAUAGACAAUGCUGUAAGGAGUAAUGAAACAUAUAUGAAUGAUCAACAGCAUAAAACGUGGGCAGAGACGAUAGAUGAGGGCAUCAUUGUAAACAGUUACGAAGAUCUUGUCCGUAAAUAUGUGGAAGAAUACAUGGAAAGUGCUCAGGAGUACGCGCAGAUUACAGAAUUAUCGAGGCGAGUGUCGGAAUGGGAAGACAAAGUGUUACCACGGCUACAGGAAGAGGAAACUCAUCAACCUUUUGAUAUUAAUACAUACGGCUCCUCUGUCAUAGACAAUUUAGAUAAAGGAAAUGUAAUAAAAUUCCAGAGACUCGUUCAGGGAAAACCUGUCUUUGAGAUUUGUCGGACAUUUUUAGCAUCACUCAUGUUGGCAAACACAACAAAUGUUAGAAUACAAGAAAAAGGCAAUUUAGAACAAGGAAUGGACAAAUUUGAACUGGAACUUUUAUCAAAGAAAAGACAUUUUGAAGAAUUACAGGAAUACACAGCGCCAUCUUUAUCACAGAAAUAGUUUCAGUGCUUUUUUAAUGAGUUUUUUACACAUGGUUUUAUUUAUAAAUUUCAGUCAAGUAAAUUCCAGAUUACUUGCUGGACUUCUUGUGAACAAAUCAGGUUGUGAGAAGUGCUUUGAAGCAAGAAUAUUUUUACAGCUUAAAUACUGUUGCCUUUUUUAUGGCUGACAGUUUUCAUACAUAGAUAACUGAAAACUAAUUCAACAACUGACAAACAUUGUGUUGAGUAAUGAAUGAGGGACAUGCCAUCAUAAAAGAGAGGUCUCACCUUGAUGUUAUAUAAACAUUUUUUCUGAGUUCUGUCUUAAAUCUCAUGAUUUUCAUUGGUCAGUGUACACUCUGUGGCAGUUUCUGACCAAUCAAAUACCUAAGAUCUGAGUUUGAGCUAAAGAGAAUUUCUUUAUAACCUUAAGAACUGGGCUAAUUUGUCACUUUCCUUAUAAUCAAUGUUAUGUUGUUUUUUUUUGAUACUACUGGUUAGUUCUUUAUAGGGUAUUUGCCUUGGUCAGUGUUUGUAAUAGCAGAUGUUAUAGGGAGAUACAUACAUGUAGAUAUAUACAAAUGUAUGUCAAAAUCAAAUGUAGCUUUUAACUUUAAUAUGAACAGCAAAAAUAACAUUCAUAUUAUGUAGAUAUUUUUACACUUUGUCAGAACUUGUAAAAUUCUUUUGUUAAAAAUUUACUAGCCAAAUUAAAUCUGACUUUCUUUCUUGUUUAAUAAUUUUUUAUUUUCACAUUUUUGUAAUGAUUUUAAAUAUACUCAAUGAACAUGUUAGCAAUAUGAUUAUAGACACUAUACAUAAAUUAUUAUGUGUAGUUAACGUUUAUAUAAUUUACUGAGACUACUGUAACAUAUAUUUUAGGCAAGCUAUGUUAUUUGGUUUUGUUUAUCUCAUUCAUGACAAAUAAUUGAGAUUGCAAGAAAAGGAAGGCUGACUUCAUUAUUCUGCUUAUUGUUUUUUUGUAAGUUGUGUCCCUUUGACCAGACACAUGUGUUAUAAAUGUAAAAGUGCAAUCAAAUAAUCUUUAUGAAAGAAUAAAGUAUGUGCUGUCUUUUUAUUUAA